AUGCAGCGCGCGGCGCGGGCGUUGGUCGGGGCCCUGCUCCGCGCCGCGCCGCCGUGGCGGCCCCGCCGCCUCCCGCUCGCCCCGCCGCCCCGCCGUCCGGCCUGCAGCGCCGCCGCCCCGGGGCGGCCGCGGGCCACGCACUAUCGGCUGGUGUACACCUGCAAGGUCUGCCAGACCCGAUCAGCAAAAACAAUUUCCAAGUUAGCCUACCAUAACGGGGUGGUGAUAGUGAAGUGUCCCGGCUGCGGGAAUCACCACGUCAUAGCCGAUAACCUGGGAUGGUUUUCCGAUCUGGAAGGAAAGAGGAAUAUCGAGGAAAUCCUGGCAGCCAAAGGGGAGAAGGUGAGACGUGUGGCUGGUGAGGAAGCCUUGGAACUGCUUCUGGAAAGCUCGGCAGAUACUGGGUCUCAAGGCCAGCCCACGGAGGGAGAAAGCGGGGAAGCCCCCCCAGAGACUGGCGGCAAGGGACAGACCUGAUGAAUGGGAUGUGUGUGGUUCUGCUGAUGGCAAGAGAGACUCUUAACCUUUAUUUCCUGAUUUCAGUGGGAAAUUUCUGUGUUUAAAAUAAACUCGGGUAUUGGUCUUUC